GUCCCUGAAGGCGCCGUGGUGACGUCACACUGGGCUGGUCCAGGCUGCAAAAACAUGUAACGGCGCUCCGCAUCCACCCUGCUGGGACCCAGCUCGCCCGAACAGAGCAAGUCCCCUCCAUCACAUUGGGACUUCCCGGGGUGGUGGGGAAGGCCAGACCUCCUUUGGCCUCCCCCACAUAAAGCCAUGAGCGCAGCAGGCAAGGUCAGCGGGCUGAAGCCCCCCAGUAAGAUAGUGCGCCCCCCGCUGGUGGCCAUCAGGACCACGCCAUCCUCAGGAACGCCCAAGCCCGCCGAGAAGUCCCCGGGCAGCGUCACCUCCCCCGCCCAUGAUGCCGACUUCCAGGUGGGCGAGAGGGUCUGGGUCAACGGCAACAAGCCCGGCCAGGUCCAGUUCCUGGGCGGCACGCAGUUCGCCCCGGGCCAGUGGGCGGGCAUCGUGCUGGACGAGCCCAUCGGCAAGAACGACGGCUCGGUGGCGGGGGUGCGCUACUUCCAGUGCCAGGACGGCAGGGGCAUCUUCACCCGGACCUCCAAGCUGGCCAGGGGUCCCCUGCCGGAGAAGGAGACCAACGGGGCCCGGCCCGGAGUCCCCAAUCUAGGAAGUGAGCCGGCGGCGGCGGCGGCUGUGACGACGGCGGCUCAGUGCGGCAAGACGAGCGGGGUCUUGAACCGAGUGGUCGCGUCCAGCGAGUCCGUGUCCAACCUCUCCGAUCCAGAAUCCGCGAAGAAGAACAAGCCCGAGCUGAGGAGAGGCGAUCGAGUUCUGGUUGCUGGGACCAAAGCGGGAGCGGUACGGUUUCUGGGAGAGACGGACUUUGCCAAAGGGGACUGGUGCGGGGUGGAACUGGACGAGCCUCUGGGCAAGAACGACGGCGCCGUAGCAGGGACCAGGUACUUCCAGUGCAUGCCCAGGUACGGCCUCUUCGCCCCCGUCCACAAGGUGACGCGCAUCGGCUUCCCUUGCACCACGCCCAUCAAAGCCAAGGGCUCCCGGCGGCGCUCCCUCCUGAGGAGGAGCCCCAGCGCCUCCUCCAUCAGCUCCAUCAGCUCCACCACCUCCUCCGUCAGCGGCAAGCCCAGCCGAGCGGGGCUGCUGACGGAGACGUCCGCCAGGUACGCCCGCAAGAUCUCCGGCACCACGGCGCUGCAGGAGGCCCUGAAGGAGAAGCAGCAGCACAUCGAGCAGCUGCUGGCCGAGCGUGACCUGGAGCGAUGCGAGGUCGCCAAGGCCACCAGUCACGCCGGGGAGGUGCAGCAGGAGCUGCUCCUCAUGAGGAAGGGCAGAGACCAGUACGCCAUGGAGACGGAGGCCAAGCUGGACCAGCUGAGGUCCAUGGUGGAAGCAGCCGACCGCGACAAGGUGGAACUGCUCAACCAGCUGGAGGAGGAGAGGAGGAAAGUGGAAGACCUGCAGUUCCGUGUGGAAGAGGCGUGCAUCACCAAAGGCGAUCUUGAGACGCAGACCCGCCUGGAGCUCGCCCACAUUAAGGAGCUGGAGCAGAGUUUGCUCUUUGAAAAGGCCAAAGCGGAAAAACUCCAGCGGGAUUUAGAGGACACUCGGGUGGCCACGGUGUCGGAGCGCUCGCGCAUCAUGGAGCUGGAGCGGGAGGCGGCCGACCUCCAGCUGCGACUGCGGGCGUCCCGGCAGAAGGAGGACGCCGUGUCUCUGUCGGAGCGUCAGAUGAGCGGCCUGAGGGCCGAGGCGCAGUCCCAGGAGAAGAAGGUCAGCCAGCUGAGCGUGGACCUGGAGACCAAGGACAAGGAGCUGCGGUCCGUGCAGGAAGACAAGGAGUCUCUGCAGCAGCAAGUCAGCAGCCUGCUGGAGCAGGCCGGCCAGGACAGAACCAGGACGCUGAAGGCCACGCAAGAGGUGGAGCAGCUGAAGAAGGACAUGGAGGUGCUGAGGGAGGAGAGUCACUGCAGGGAAAAGGAACUUAAAGCUCUCUUGACUCAGCUGGACGCUUUGAAACAGCAGAAUUCCAAAUACCAGGAGGACCUCAGUCUGUCCCAGGAGCAGCAGCACCUCCUGCGCAGGGAAAUAGAGAAAAUGUCCAAUCAGGACUCGGAGCGACGGGACUCGGACAAAGACCGCGAGCUGGAGACGCUGCGGAACGAGGUGGCCGUGCUGCGCGGCGAGAAGGCGGUGGCCAAGACGCUGCAGGCGGCCGUGGAGACGCUGGAGCGGGACAAGGCGCAGCUGCAGGAGCGCGUCCGCGGUCUGGAGCGCAGGCUGGCGGCACGCUCGGCCUCGGAAGACAGCGGCGGGCUGGAGGCGGAGCUCUCAGGCGAGGCGGCGCUGGAGCAGCUGAGGGAGGAGAAGGAGUUUGCGGAGGGCCAGAUCAACUUCCUCAAUAGCGUCAUCGUGGACCUGCAGCGCAAGAACGAAGAACUGAAGGUCAAACUGAAGAAGUUGGCCCUGGCAGAGUUCAACGGGAACGACGACGGCGCGGAGCAGCCGGCGGCGUUGCGGCGCGAGAAGAAGAGCACGCCGCGUCUCUUCUGCGACAUCUGCGACUGCUUCGACCGCCACGACACGGAGGAUUGUCCCACGCAGGCGCAGAGCCCCGACGCCGUGCCGCACUCCAGUUACCGCGGCAACCGGGCCGACGAGCGGCCGUACUGCGACAUCUGCGAGGCGUUCGGCCACGCCACCGAGUCCUGUAACGACGACCAGACCUUCUAGACGUCUCCAAACACGAUAACCAGCUUUGUUAGCUGGCGUGUGUCCCCACCUGCUGGAGGCACAAACAUUCCGAGGUAGCAGUACUCUAAUUCAACCCGCUAUGCCAGCUAGCUAGCUAUUCACGAUCUUCCGCAGAGUUUUUGCAUCGACUCUUUUUCGUAAUCACGUUUACAUUCGUUUUUUUUAACGGCACUUUUUAAACGUAAUUUAUCCGACAACUUUGACGUUGCUUCGUGUUCUACUGUAGCGCCUCUGUCCUUUGCACUUUAAAUAAACCACGCUAAAUACGAAAAUAUUAGCGACGACAUAUCGUUUUCCCGAACUACGUUCUCAUUUAGCACAAGACGGGGAAUUAUCGCCGAGCACAGCUGCUUAGCUCAUUUUAGCGGCACAACAGCUAGCUAGCUUAGUCGACAAACAGUUAGCAUAGAAGCUAACAGUUCAAAGGCCAAAAUGUUCCGACAAAAAAAACUUUAUUUUGACGUAAAAGCACAACUUCGGGUCGCUUUGGAAUCCGUAAUGUGAGCGAACAAACGUUCAAAGGUUGUACAAAAAUAAACUGCCAUGCUAGCUGAGCGAGCAGCCUUGACGUUUACGAUGUUAUUUUUCUGCCCGAUAAGACGUAACGUUACACCGUUUGUUUGUAUAGAAACCUCGUGAUCUUUCUUACAGUCAAUUAUUUUUGUUUUUCGUGGAGCGUUUUAUAUUCGUAUGUCUCCAUGUUUCACAUCGUGAUUUCUAUGUACAAUAAAACGUGUACUCUUCGGACAGGCAACCACACCAAAAA